UUUUUAUCCAUCCUAUUUCUAGUGCUAGACACUGGCUUCCAUAGACUCAUUUCCUCCGGCUCUCAGAUGCUGAUCGUCCUACUGGGCUUUUGGCUCCACUGCCUGUAUGCGAUGGCGGAAGCUAACGGUAAAUUUCCAAAAUGGCAGCAGUUCACAUGGUCUGUUCGAGGCACCGGUACAUCAGAAAAAUAAUCCUUUCUUUAGCAUACAAUCUGCAGCCAAGUCGGUUAAAGCGAGCUGUAGCUCUUGAGGAACCUGUAUUAGAGAUCGUAGAUCGACCCCUUCCAAUGCAUCGGUUUCAGUCAAAGCGUGACUUGAGACCUUCAUACAAAGAGUUACGGCACGACGACAGUUUUCGCUUGAGAUUCAAGGCUUUCAAUACUACAUUUCACCUACACUUAGAGCCGAAUAGAGACCUUUUCCACCACGACGCAUUUUUAGUACUAGAUAACGAUAAUUUAAAUCGCCAGCCACUGCGACAAAACGACUAUCGUAUAUACAAAGGAGUAGUGAUACCUCCCCAUGUCAGCGACAGACAGCUCGCACUAGCUGAUAUUGGUGUAUUGAACCAUCUUUGGGAAGAUGAAGCAAUGUCCCGUGGAUGGGCUCGAAUAGUGGUUAGAAAUGACUUGGACCAUGACCUUCCACACCCUAUAUUCGAAGGCGUUUUCAGUCAUGACGAUGAAAUGUACCAUAUAAAAUCGCAACAAAACUAUCAUAGAUCGAAGAGAGCAGAUGAUCAUUCACCAAGAGAAGCAGCAUCCAACAUGAUCAUAUAUAGGAGUACGGAUACGGAAUCUUUAGAAAAACGUCAUUGGCGUCCAAAAAAUGGCGAGUGUGCUGCAGACGAUUUGAUCUUCAAUCAGAUGCAGAGCCACCGACCCUCAAACACGACAUACAGCAAACGAGAUUUGCGCGAACAUAUGCAUUUGGGCCAAGCUGGGCUUGUCUCAUUAUCGAAAUCAAUACCACCUGGCGUAAAUUCCAACCAACGUCAACUUUUUGGCUGCCCAUCAUCGAGACUCAUUGCUUAUAUGGGUGCGGGUGAGUAGCUUUACUAUGAGCAGACGGUUGAGGAGGUGCCAUUAACCUUGAUAUGAAAUCUUUUUAGCUGCCGAUUGUACAUACACUAAAUUCUAUAAUUCAAUAUCAAAUGCAAUGUAUCAAAUUUUAAACGACUGGAAUGCCGCAUCGGCGGUAUACGAAAGCACGUUCAAUGUUUCUCUUGGACUCAUUGAAGUAAAGAUCAUGUCAUCCCCUUGUCCGACUACUACACCAGCUA